GAUAGUAAGGGAGCCUCUGCCAUGGCUGAGAAGCAGCGCAAAAUCCUAACUGAGCUGAAACAGGAGCAGGCAGAAAUCCAGCACCUGCAAAAUAUCUGCAAGGCAGCCCAUCAAGAAAGGAAGCUUUUAUUAAAGCAGCAAAGAGAAAUCUUAAUGAUGCGGCGUUCAACAGCACAACUUCAGGAAGAGCUGAAUAACUUGACUGGGAAGCAAGAGUUUACUAGGAGGCCAGCAACUGAAGAAGCAAUAAAGCAGAAGACAAUGAGACUGAUUUCCAGCCCAAUGUUAUGUUCCAUCUCAGCAAAAUCUACAGCACAGUUAGAAAGGCCUGGUCUGUCAGGGAACAGAGAGAGUUGUGUCCAGCUAAAGAAUAAACAAAGCAAGACAUUUGAGGGCCUUUCUACUGAAAACAAGAAACCAUUGGUACAAUACCAAAAACGGGCAGAGGAGUCCCCAGGUUCGGAGCAGUCCCUUGGUGUGCAAGCUCCUGGUGUGUCUGAAACAGUGGACAAAAACCUGUGUGAUGCCACUGGUCAAAACACAGGCUUGCUCUUUAUGGUUAGAGAUCACAAUAGCACAGAGCUUAGUGCCCAGGAUCAUGUUUUCUUAAAUCUGGAACAUGCAAAUUCAGCUAGAAUAGAUGAAGCUAUAUCCACACCCAUUCCAAGAGAAGGCAAAAAGUAUGCAUUACCGGAAUCUGUGCUGGAGGAAAAGGCAUUUGUUUCAAGCCCAAAGGUAGAUCCUAAAAACAAUAAAGAUAUUAAUCCAUGUGACAGCAAGUUUACAGUGAAAGGCUUGGGGAUGCUUUCUACAUGGUGUAACUUAUGCCUGGUUCAGGCAGAAAAUACUCUUCAAGAAACUGGUGAAAGCACAUCACCUGUAGUGGAAGAGCUAGAGGAUGAUUCUCUAACAGUGGAGAAAGUGCGCAGGAAGCAGAGAAGUCAUGAAACUCGAGAAGAGCAGGACUCUGGCAGUCCAUUUCAGGCUGGAAGAAGUAAGAAACAUCUUUCUUCUGAUGGUGACGAAGACGGUGAAAGAGGAUCACAGCUAAUUUCAGAUGGAGGCGCAGUAGUGAAAACCCAGUUAAGAAAAGAAAGGUCAUCAGAAGAGCAGAGGAUUAGCACCGACUCUGAGAGAAAAUCAGAAAUCACACAUAUAGAUGAAAAAUCACCUUCUGCAAUCUCAUUGUCACAAGGUGGGAGUGCCAAAUCAGACUCUUCACUUCCAGAAUUUCAGAAAGUAUCUGCAAUUUGGAUUGACAUCUCAGAGAGCUCCACUUCAGAUUCUGAAUUAGAGGUGAAGAAUGGAGAGGACACAGAUGUCAGUAUCCUAGAAGAGUUUGCCUAUAAUAACGGUGAUGUGUUUCCUAACAUUUCAACAGAGACACUACUAGCAAUAAAUAAUAGAAAGGAAACAUUAUGUGGUGACAAACAUGAUGAACAAGUGCCCAAAGAUGGCUGCAGUCCUGAGAUUUCAUCACUGUGUCAGAGCUCUCAGAAAUAUCCUGGAAAUGUUCCAGAUCAUGGGUGCAGUGAUCAUUUCCUUUAUUUCAUUCCGUCAGACAAAGGAAACACCUCCAAAACAAAUCCACCGCAUUCCUUUCGGUCUGAUAACCCUGCCAAACGAAUGGAUGAACCACACUUGGAAGCCUCAGAAAACUAUGGUACAAAUGACACCUCUUCUCAAGAGAUCUCUGAGCAGGAUAAAGAAGCAGGUUCCAGCUCUUGGUACAGUGAUGAGAUUUACUCAACUAAGAAGAUCUGUGCACAGCAGGACUCCAGUUCUACAGCUAGCAGAGUGAAAAAGGAUGGUGAAAUUAGCAGUAUAUCUGUGGAUCAAAAUACAGAGUUAACGGGGUUUCUGCUGACAGAUCCUUGGAAACGUCUAGAUUUGGUUAUUGACCAAUUUAGUAACACUGUCUCUUUUCCACCUGAGAAAAGUAUUACAAAUGAUAAAUUAGUAGCAUGUCUAUCCCCUAGAGAUUUAUCAGUUUCAGAAGGUGAAAAUAAUCAGACACAACUUUUGAAUGAGCAACUUGCAUCCAGCAAGCUCAGUAAAAUUGUAUCUCUGCCUACAUCCAUGCCAGGAAUUUCUGAGGAAGCCCAUACAGAAACUGAAAUCUGUUCAUACGAACCUUUGCAAAAGCUGGCUACAGGAAAUCAAAAUAAUUCAACAACUGAAAGGCGAGCCAUUAAGGAAAUGGAGAGGGGACUGCUUUCUUCUGACUCCUCAAAAGAGCAAUUGUUUCAAGCGGAGAACUACUCCUCCAAGGGUGAAGAUGAUGCAAUUUUUAUUAGCGAUGAGGGUCUCCUUCCAACUGAUGAGGAUACCUUGUCAGAAAUACUGUCUCCUGUUGAUGAAGUGCUGUCCUAUGGAAGUGCUGACUUGCCAUCCUCUGGUAAAAAGGAUUUGUCAUUUCCAAGUGAAGAUUCUCCUCCUCCCCCUUUGGGUGCAGAUGCAAUGAAAAAUGAUGAUUCUAGCUUCAGUACGGAUGAUUUCCCAUCUCCACCAGAACAAAUGAUAUUCUCAGAGACUAGACAGUGUAUGGAUGAAGCUAUAUCACUGAAAAUGGAUGCAUUACCCCCAUUACCUGAUAACAUUGUGCCUGAAGAAUUUCCUCUGCUCAAUCCAGAGCCAACUGUUGCUUUUUCAACUCAGGAUGGUAAUCUUUCAGAACAAUCUUUAUUUAAAGAACAUAUUUCCACUGAUGUGCCAAAUCCUAUUUCUUCUGAUGAAGCCAGUAAAAAUACUGAGUCCGUGAAAAAACAAUGCAAAACACACUUAACACUGCCCAAAGCUGAGGAGGACAGCGAUGACCCAUUAUUAUCAUUUGAGAUUGGAGACAGAGUGUUGGUAAAAAAGACACAGCCUGGGACCUUAAUGUUCAAAGGACAGACCUAUUUUGAUAGUGGCUAUUGGGCUGGUGUUGCACUUGACAAAGCAGAAGGUGAUAAUGCUGGAACUUACCAAGGGGUGAAGUAUUUUGAGUGCGCUCAGCAUUGUGGCAUCUUUGUCAGACCUGAUCAAAUUUCACAUCUGUUGGAGGCUAAUGAAAAUGGUUCCAAUCCCACUGAGGAUGAAGACUCAGACUCCUUCCAUGAUGGUGAAUCUUUCCAAGGAGACUGCAAAUACACUGAAGAUGAUAAGCAGGGAGCAGGCUUUACAGAGCAGAAAGCUGAAGACACAAACAAUGCAAGGAGCUCAGAAGUGAAAGAAAAACAGUCUAGGUUACACAUUGCCCUGCUCUCUGGAACAGGGCAACAGUUUCCAAAUUCUCGUCAGUGCAAGAGUAAUGAAUUCCUUUGUCAAAAUAAUUUAAUGUGCUUGCAAUCAGAUAAAGAAAAAACAGAACUGACACAAAUAAAACAAAGGAUACCUGCAGAUGUGCUUCCAGUGAAAAAUAAGACCAGGAACACAGAUGAGGGGAACAUAAGCAAAAAUGUUUGUUGCUUGGUAGAGGAUCAGAAAAGAAGUAAACUCGCUGAUGAUAUCACAAGUGAACUCAGUAAAAAACUUUUGUUUGACACUUUAGUUGCAUUUUCUGAAACAGCUCAACACAAAUAUAAAAGUGCCUUUGAAAAAGAAGUAAUGAAUUAUGGCAAAGGCCCGCAACAAGAAGACAAUCAGAAACGGUUUCUCUUCAAAGAAAAUCCAGCUGAUAGCUUAUCUGAACAAUCAGCAAAGGUUUCUGAUGUUUUCCUGUGUGAUUUUGAUAUGCUUAGCAUUCAUGGUUGUCAUACAGUAGCAGAAAGAAUUGUAACUAAAUUUGUAGAUGAUGCAGUUAAAGAAUAUGAGAAGAUUAAAAGAAAACAAGGAGCAAAAGCAGACAAGAUAUUUCCUUCAUCUUCAGAUUCUUCUCCAACCGCUUCGCCAUUCCUUAUAAAAAUCCUUGAUGCUGGUAUUUUUGGAAGCUCUGAAGAUUUUGAUCAGCUUAAUUCUGACCAACGUACUCUGGAGAGACAAACACUAAAGCAAAACUUGUACAAAUUAGAUCAGUGGCACUCAGCUCCUUGGAAGAAAACUGUGGAGGUUCCUCUUGUGGUACCACAUUGCAGUUCAUAUGUUAAGAAAUUAUCUGCACAUGCUGUAGAAGAAUUAUGGACUCCAGAAAACAUGCCCUCAAACUGCAAGAGAAUCAGUGUGCCAAAGCAUUUUGAAUGUCAUGAUUUCUCAGAGAACAAUCUGGAAACAGAAAGCAAGAGGAUGUAUAAUCAGAUUAUAUUUGAUUUGACCCAUGAGUUGCUAUGUGCAGAAUAUCAUGUAACUGCAAAUCCAAAUACAUUUCCAUGGCUGAAAGAAAAUUUGGGAUCUUGCUGUUCCAGGCGUCUUUGCGGAAGAACAGAUGUCAAUGAGGUCAAGGUACAUUCUGGAAAUGUAAAGUGCACAAUAAUGAGAGUCAAUGAAGAGAGGAGAGACUGCAGUGGCAAAAUGGCAAAGACGUGAAAACUGGGAGGGUUAUGGCACUACAACUGAGGUGAUGAGAGAAGAAAACAGCAUUGUUCUGAAAUGCUUGAAUAAAUAUAGACUGAGGUGCUUAGCUAAUUUAAAUCUUACAGGUGCAUGGAAUUCUGUAGGGAAUUGGGCUUCUACAUCUUCCAGGCUAUGAAAAUCUUAGGACUUAAUAAUCUUAUGUUUAAAAAGUGUUGAUCAUUAUUAACUAGCUACUUCUAGAUCAUUUCCCUAAACUUUGGGACUUCUCUAGAUUUGAAGCUGGAUCUUCAACUGGUGCCUGUGUCUCUCAUUUGCAGCCUUCACAAUGACAGAUUUCCUAUGAGAACAAUUCUUUUCAGCCUUUUUUAUUUUGUAGACUUUUGUUCAGAGUGAAAUUAUUAAAAUAAUGAAUUUGGAAAAGAACGACAUAGAAAUGAAAAGAAAAUUCCUUAAUAUGACCAAGUAUGGAAACUGUAAGAGAGAUAGAGUGGAUCUUAUUCUGGUAAGCGGACAUCCAGGUGGAGCUUUGUUUACUUUUUAAUGUAAAAGUAAAGUAAAAGUAAUGUAAAAGUUGAAGUUUAAACUAACAAUUCUCAUGCUCUUCUGAGAACCGCGUUUACUUAAAAUAACUUCAGAAUUUUAAGUUAUUGCCUUCCUUUUCAGUACUUUUGCAAUAAUAAUUCACUAUUGUCAGUUAUUGUGAGUGGACUAAGUGAACUUUAUUAGAAAAUGGAGGUAGCUAAAAAUGUCUUAGUUUUGGCAUUAAAUUAAUGAUGCAUAUAUGAAACUGUUCGAUUGGGCUACGGUUUCUUGUACCUUGCAGAACUGAGCAUGCUCUUGCUCUUGACGUAAACAUUCAUACUCACAUUAUAUUUUAGAUUCAGGAGCUCCACAAAGAAGAAUCUCAGUGGACUUACUAUGAUGAUGAUGAAUUAACUGUGAAGAUGAGAAUAACUGAAGACAUAUUUGAUAGCUUAAUCCUUGACACAAUCAGAGUUCUUAAUCAGAUCUAUCUGAGAUGAGUCUAUGAUUAGAAUUUUUCACUAAAAAAAUGGUGGAAUUUUAAUCUCUGUGAUUUUUAAGGCAAAAAGUGCACAAUUAAGAAUUUUAAUUUUGAACUGUAUACCCAAUACCAGCAUAGCCUUAGGCUAAGUUAUACGCCCAUGUUUACAAUGAAAGGAGGCUUUAUGCAGGUAGAAUGUAUUUCUCUCGUGUUUAGCCUACGUUUAGCCUUGAACCCCCUGUUGGCUAUACUGAAGCACUCCAUUUCUUGAAUUGGUUAAAAUUAGCCUGGAGACAAUUUCAGAGAUGGGCAUAUGGAAUGAUCCUGCCCUGGCAGGAUUCAGAGCCAGAGUUUCUGUUCUAAACAGAAGACAUAUACUGAUGUAAUGCACUUUAUGGGUUACUUUCCUAUCAGUAACUCCGGUUUCUGAAUUUCUGAAUACUAAAUAUGUAUAUAUAUUUAUGAAAGCAAUUAAGUUCUUUAACACGCAAUUCACACGCGUCCUUGAAUUCUUACAAUAUCUAAACAUAAAGUUGCUGGGGAUAUAUUUUUAUUGGAAAAACUGAGGAAAUCAAGAAUCUAUUUUAUUUUGUUUUGGUAAAAUUGGAGAAACUGAGAUUUUAGCAAGGCAAUAUGAAUGUUCUCUGAUCAUGCUAACUUUUCACUGUGUGUGCCCCUGUGCUUCCACCUAUGUCACAUUACGAGAAGACCAAUGAUAAAAUUUUAUUUGUUAGUGUUCUAAACAAAUACUAUGCAAAUAUUUAUGUCUUGCUGGUAUUCAGAAACUGUAUAUUAAUGAAUAAUUAAAUUUAAGUAAAUCCAAUUUAUUCAAAUCCUGUUCAUUCAGGACAUCUUUCAAAUCAACAUAAAAGCAGGGUAAUUACAUAUGAACUAAACAUAAAUUUAUAUUUAA